ACAAAAGAGACUCGACCGUUAAAAGUUCAAGGGAAGCCUCGGAAUAAUCAAACACCUAAAGAAGUCUUUGAAAAAAACCAUGGUGCUCUUAUUGUAACACAAUGUGUCUAUGUGCUUAGCAGUAAGAAG